CCCUCUGAUCGGCGCGACCCCUAGUUCUGUUCUCAUGGAAAUCAGACCCUGCCUCCCGGCCACACUCUCUGCGGAGAUGCAAAGUUGAAGCGCAUUCCCAGCCGGGACAACAGAUGAUAAUGAUGUCUCGGAGGAGCUGAUCGAUUCAUUUGCCCCCUUUUUUUCUCCCCCCCGUGUGUUUCGCUCUCGCUUGCUAUUACUCUUGGACCCCACACUAGCCUCUACCCUCCAACAUGCCGGACCUGGCGCGGUGCAUUGCUUUCUGCGCGCUCCUCUGCGCCUCUCACGCGUCGUGCCCUCCGGGCUGCGAGUGCUCGGAGGCGGCUCACACCGUGAAGUGCGUCUCCAAAGACCUGCGGAACAUCCCGAAUGGGAUCCCCGGAUACACCAGGAAUCUGUUCGUGACUGGGAAUCAGAUCAGUCGAAUCGGUCCGGAGUCUUUCAAAGGACUGGAUAAUGUGACCAACUUGUCUCUGAGUAAUAACAGAAUUUCCGAGGUAGAAUAUCACACGUUUGCCGGACUCCGCAGCCUUCGCUCUCUGGAUUUGAGUAACAACCAGCUGGCAGUCAUUCACCCUGAGGCCUUCACCGUCCUGAACCAGUCUCUGCAGGAGCUUAACCUGAGCGGCGCCCUCUACAACCACUCGUCGGUGAUGGACCUGGCCACAUCUUUCCGCUGGAGCGCCCUGGGGACCCUGCAGGGACUGGACCUUUCUGACAACAGCCUCAUCUAUUUACCCUCACGUAUCUUCUCCCACCUGACCAGCCUGCGACGGCUACAGCUUUCCAACAACUCCCUGGUGGCCAUCCACAACUCCACCUUCUCGGGUUUGGAGCACCUGGAGGAGCUCGACCUCACGCUCAACGCCCUCAAGACGCUGCCUGAGGAGGGCCUGCGAGAGCUGGACUCCCUGCCCAGAGCCGCUCUUGUGCUGGGGGAAAACCCGUUUACAUGCACAUGUGGAAUUGAGCCUUUUGCCUUGUGGCUCAACAGAUCACAGGGACGCAUUCGAAACGCUGACGGCCUUGUGUGCGCCUUCCCAGCCAGCAUGAGAAACACAUCCAUGCUUGCUGUGGGCACGUUGACUCUAGGAUGCCACCAGAGGGAUGCGGGGGCAGACCUUGCGUUGCAGACCUCUUAUGUCUUCUUGGGUGUAGUACUGGGCUUCAUAGGCCUCAUCUUCCUAUUUGUACUUUAUCUCAACCGCAAGGGCAUCAAGAAGCGGAUCUACGACAUGCGGGAUGCCUGCAGGGAGGUGUGGGAAGGCUACCACUACCGCUUUGAGAUUGACUCUGACCCAAGGUUAUCACAGGUCUCCACGAGUGCUGACGUGUGAGGGGACAAUCUACCCUGGUGUGUUUUCCUAUGACUCUUUUCUAAUGCAUUUAUCAGUAGAAAAAUGUAAAAAAUGUACAGAUUUGUCUGUAAAUAUAUAAAUACAAUAGUGUUAAUAGUCUUUCAGCCUUGUUGAGUAAAGCAUGCACUGCCCAUCCUUCCUCCUUGCACAACUAAUACUCUUCUUUGAAACAGAACUUCAGAAUUUGGACUUUCUUUGUUCUAACGGACACAAAUAUUAUGAAUAGAGUUCAUUGAUAGACAUUUCUCACAUCCUUGCCUGCUCUUUAUGUUCACACAGAAGCAGCAGUAAGUGCCUAAAGUCAGCCUCGUAUUGUUCACCGAUCGACUUGGUGAUUAGAACUGAAUUCACUUCCUACAUGGCACUCUUUUCGUUCACUAUUCUGUGUCAGAUCUUGUCCUCAUAUUCAACCUGUAAAAAAAGCUACAAAACGCUGCAAUAAAAAUCCUGACACUGAAAAAACAAACCUCUGGGACUUUGAAGCACAAUCACUCAUUCAUCUUUGAACCAUUUCAAGCCCUUUGGUCCCUUCGUCCUUCAGCCCCAGGGUGCCAGGGAGGAAUUAAGCCUCCAAAAGCUUUUCUAAAGCUCUCCGUAAAAUCACCACUCUGCUUUUCUUUGGCUGUUGGAUUGGAAUGGGGGGGAGACAAUUCAGCACAGGCCAGCGGAAAUCUCCUAGCCCCCUCAUUUUUUU